ACUUCCGGUUGAAAGUAAUGUUAUGUAGCUGUAGUGGCUGUGUAAUCUGAGGUGGUACGUUCACGUUUCGGAUAGGAUACAUUUCAGGGACUUUUCAUUUAAUAGGAAACUGUUUGUAUCCUGCAGUCGGGCUUAAUCAGAGAACACGUGUAACUCGGUACAGACGGUGUGAAGAUUGGUAGAAAAAUGCAGUCCUUAAUAGCGAUAAGAUCCUUUGUUACCCACUAUCCUAAAACUAUUGCUCUGGUCACGGUCACAGGAGUGGGACUCUUUGGCAUGAAGAAAUGGAUGGCAGGAGGGGUGUGCUACAGCAAAGCCCGAUUAGAUGGAAAGACCGUCUUGAUCACUGGAAGCAACACUGGAAUUGGCAAAGAAACUGCUGUGGACCUGGCUCGAAGAGGUGCAAGGGUCAUCCUGGCCUGUAGAGACAUGGAUCGAGCCAAUAACGCUGCAGAAGAAGUAAAAAAGAGGAGUGGAAGUGAUAAAGUUGUUGUCAAAAAGUUGGACUUGGCAUCUUUAGAGUCAGUACGAGAGCUUGCAAAAGAUGUUUUAGCAAGUGAAGAGAGGCUGGAUAUUCUCAUUAAUAAUGCAGGUGUUAUGAGCUGUCCAAAGUGGCAGACUGCGGAUGGUUUUGAAAUGCAGUUUGGUGUUAACCACCUGGGCCACUUCCUUUUAACACACUGCCUGCUGGAUCUCCUGAAGAAGUCAGCCCCGAGCCGCAUUGUCAGUGUCUCCAGUUUAGCUCAUGAAAGAGGUCAAAUCUGUUUUGAUGACAUAAAUCAGGAGAAAGAUUACCGCCCUUGGAAAAGCUAUUCACAAAGUAAACUAGCUAAUGUUCUCUUUACAAGAGAGCUGGCCAACAAGCUACAAGGUACUGGGGUUACAACAUACAGCCUUCACCCUGGAGUUAUCCGCACUGAGCUUGGGCGACACUUCUGGCCUUCAAUGGCCCUGUGGAAGAGAGUGGUAUACACACCACUCAUGUUCUUCAUCAAGUCUCCCACAGAGGGCGCUCAGACCACCAUCUACUGUGCUGUGGAGGAGAGCCUGCAGAAUCAGAGUGGACUGUACUACAGCGACUGUGCCCCCAAAACAGCAGCCCCUCAGGGUCUGGAUGAUGAAGCUGCCAAGAAGCUGUGGGAUCUGAGUGCCGUGAUGGUUGGUCUGACAUAAUCUGAGUGACAUCGGUGAUGGUGAUAAUGAUAAUAAUAAUGAUUAUGGUCGUCAUCUUCAUCACAAUGGACUGCAAAGUGGCCUGAGGAAGGACUACUACUGCGCAUACUACUAAUGAGCAUCUGCGUUACUCCGAUCAGCUGAGCCUCGGUUUAAUGUGAGCAAUAAAUAAAGAAAGAGGAAUUCACAAGUGAUAGACAUUUAUUUAGAGUAACAACAGACUAAUUGCAAAAAUACUAUGAGUUCAAUCAUAUUUUGUCUUAAACAGAAGAAAUGCUUCACAGGCAAGUUACAUGGAAGCCGUAUGAUCUUUAGUUUUGAUUGCCAUUAGCGUGAAAUGACAUUUUAAUUGACAAAUUUCACCUGUGUCUGUAAUGACUAAGGACUCAGAUGUCAUACAAUGUUAAUUGAAUCCAUCAUUAAAGAAUUAUGUGCUUUUGAAA